AUGGAGCACCAUGAUUAUGGGGUUACGACGGAUGACAUACUUGAGGUCCUUGAUGAGAUGGGACUCGAGUUGGAAAGUCAAGAGGAUAUCAAUGAAUUAGUACAAGCCGUGCAGGACAUCGACAGUGGCUCACUCGAUGAUUCGGUGUUCAUCGAUAAACAGCUGGAAACGCUAGAAGACGAGUAUCAACGCCAAGAACCUCCAAUUUCCACUUAUACGCUACCGAUUUCACAGAGAAGACCAGAUGCUCUUUAUACGGAUCAAUUUCUCCCUGAGUACCGGCCACGUUUAGAUGCUACACAUUUAACGAUCUCUGCCAUUCCUGAUGUUGAUAGAUUGAUCGCUUGUGCCUACGAUAUGAUUGGACAUCUUUACGAAACGUCGAAGGAAAUCGACAAUUAUCUCGCUUCACACAAUCAAGGAUUUAAUUUGGAGUUGAAUCGAAACUCAGAAAAUAAGGAAAAUUUAUACACAGAAAACAUGGAGCCAAGUAGGGUGCCCAUUUCACGAUCUCAUUCAUUUGAGUGUCAGACGAAAAUUCCACCAACCCAACCCAGCAAAAUUCACCGAAUCUAUUCCCAGCCGUGCACCUCAAAUCCAGAUAACGUCAAAAAGGCUACAGAGGCGGAAAGAGAAUUGGAACCACUAAAAAGUGCUAAGGAAUUAGGUCUUCGUUCGAUUCUAAACCCGGAGCCGGGUCGGUUGGGUUACCGAUGUGAUCCCGUGAGGAAAUUAGAGAUGGUUCGCGAAGGAUGGAAACAAAUGCCGCCGGUAAACGAGAACAAACGUCUGGCUUUGAGGUGGAGGGUUCGUGAGUAUAUGCUGCGACAAGCGGAACCAAGUUAUGAUCCUCGAAGGGCCUUUCAAAAAGGCCCUUCGAAGCCACUAAUCCAUCCGAAAGACUGGUCUCCAAGACCGUAUCUCGAU